UCAGUUAGCAUAUGCUUUACAUGGGCAAACCAAGUAAAAACCAAAGAGAGAUAGCUUAACCAGAUCAGUGAAAAUCAGAAGCAGACCCAAAAGCAGACAACCCCAGAUGAAGCACAAACUGUCCCAUCUUUGAUCCCAAGAGAAUCGCAGCCGUUGAAAGCACGAAAACAAUAUGCUUUGUUACGAGAAGCCAGGUCAGAUCAGAUCAACGCACUUGUCAUUCUGUUAAUUUCCCCAGUAGAGAGCCGGCCCCACCGCUCUUUCUCAGACCUUACGCAGUACCUUAAUACUCCCAAGAUCUGUGCACUACCCUUUUAUAACUCGGGCUUCGUGUUUCCCUGUCUCUGUAUCUCUCUCAUUCUCUUCCUGAAAGUCUCUGUUUUUAGUGUGCAAAGUGUGAUAUGGCGGACUGGGGGCCAGUGAUAAUAGCAGUGGUGCUGUUCGUGCUGCUUAGUCCGGGGCUGUUGUUUCAGAUACCAGCGGGAGGGAGGUUGAUCGAGUUUGGGAACAUGCAGACAAGCGGUGCUUCUAUCUUGGUCCAUGCCAUCAUUUACUUCGUCCUCAUCACCAUCUUCCUCAUUGUCAUUGGUGUCCACAUCUACACCGGCUAAACCUACACUCAUUUUUUCUGGUUUGUUUUUUCAUGGAUGAUCCGUUGCUUAACAUCCAUCUUUCUUUUCUAGAAAAUAAGUUUUUUCUUUGUCGUGCGGGUGUUUGGAUCGAUGGUUUGAUUCUUCUUGCUUUGUAAUUGAGAGAUAUGAUGAGGCUUUGGCAGUACUGUUAGAAAAUGCCUUUUCUAUCUA